GAAUCUAGUGUCAUACUCCGGUUAGGACAGUUCUCCAGUGAUCAACACAACACUUUACUUGCAUCCAGUUCUCCUUCCAGUUUAAUAAUUCACAUCAAUAUGUUGAGAUUCAUUACAAUUGCCGUCGUAGCUUUGAUUGCUGGUGUUGCAGCUGCACCAGGACUUGCAUCUUUGGGACAUGGACCAAUUUUGGGAGGACCAAUUUUGGGACAUUCACCAUAUGGCCUUUCUGCACCAGCUAUAUCGUAUGCUGCACCAAUUGCUAAAAUUGCUGCACCCAUUUCGUAUGCGGCUCCAAUCACAAAGAUUGCUGCACCAGCUUAUUCACCAUUAGGAUUGGGAUUGGGACAUGGAGGACUUAUUGGUGCUCCACUUGGACAUGGAGGACUUAUUGGCGCUCCACUUGGACAUGGAGGACUCAUUGGGUCACCAAUUGCACCAUUAGGAUUGGGUCAUGGAUACGGAUUGGGUUUGGGUGGGCAUGGACCAAUCUGGUAGACAAUAAUUUAGUGUUGUAUGCCGUGAAGUGUUUGUGUCUGAAUUGGAUAUUAAAAGA